UGGAAAUGCCAAGUGUAUACAUUUUAGUGAAUUAAUUCGCAACAAAAUAAUAAACAUGUCAAUAUACGCAUCAAGAUUUAUUACGUUCCUGCUCGUGGCCACACUUGCGAGAGAUACGAUAUGUUGCAAUUUUUACCCAGUUGGCGAAUAUUUGAAGUUUGUGAGGAUACCUGAGAACCUGAAAGUGGGAGAGGAAGUACUGCAGAUUGAAGUACAUCCAAGAAAGAACCUCAGUCUCCAACCGGUGGAUAAAGAAGAAGAUGCCCAAUACUUUACGUAUCGAGACGUGAAUCGAACUCACGUCUCCGUGGUGUUAGCACAAAGCCUCAACUCCAUGGUCGACAGUGACACGCCGCAAAAUGUUAUGAAGUUCAGACUUGGUUGCGACUUCGAUUCUGGUGAUGAUCUUAUCUCGGCUUACUUAUCAGUGACAGUGUACAUAGAAGACGUCAACGAUAAUUCACCAAAGUUCAUAGAUUUGCCAUAUAAAGUUACAGUGGACGAAUUAACACCGGCAGGUCUAACAAUAUUCAAAGGAAUCCGUGCAUUUGAUCGAGACAAGCCCAAUACGCCAAACUCGGAUAUCCAGUACAGCAUCACAGGUGGCAACGGUGAUGACCACUUCGCACUUGAAAGUUCACACAAACCUGCUCUCAUAUUGAAGAGACAACUUGACUACGAUACGGGAGAUAGGGAGUUCAAAAUUGUAGUUACAGCUUCGGAUCGUGGAUCUCCACCUCGUAGCAGCAACACAACAGUCGUGAUCUACGUAUUGGAUAAUGAUGAUCUGCCGCCAAAGUUCUCACGCGACGUCUACAGAACGCAGAUACCCGAAUUUUAUCCACUGCUGGGUAAACGUAUACAUCAGGCAUUAACAUUUCAAGAAAAUAUAAAGGCAUUUGACCAAGAUGAAGGUAUCGAUGCAGCUCUGCGGUACGAACUGGUUGCAGGCAAUGAGCGAAAACUAUUCCUUUUAGACUCUCUCAAUGGUUCCUUGUAUCUCGAGAAAGAAAUAGACCUUGAUGCUGAAACAGGUCUUCCAGGUAACACGUUUGUGUUACAAGUACAGGCAUCGCAGCUCGAUAAUCCUCUAAAAACAGCACAAGCCAGAAUAGAAGUUGAAAUAUUGGAUCUAAAUGACAACUUACCUGAAUUCGAAGUAGAUUUUUAUAACAUAAGCAUCGUAGAAAAUUUACCCAACGGUUUCAGUGUAUUACAAGUGAUGGCAACAGAUAUAGAUCAAGGUGAUAAUGGAGAGUUUACGUAUCAACUCAGCGAUCGUAAAGGCGCCUUUUCAAUCGAUCCUAGGAGUGGAUGGCUCACUGUUAAAAAUCAGACCGUUUUGGACAGAGAACGUCACUCAUCUUUGAGGAUGAAAGUAUAUGCUAAAGAAAAAAAUCCCAGUGUUGUUGGAGCGUUUUAUGAUAAACAACGACAAUCAAAAUGGCGUAGAAAUUCCGUUACAUCUAGACCAGGCUACAGAGACAGAGACAGAACAACUUACGUUUUUCCUGAUAAAUUAGGAAAUAAAAAUGAAAAUAUUGAAUUUUUCGAAGAAGCUCAUCAACUUAUGUCUUUUGUAACUGUAGAAGUAACUCUUUUAGAUGCUAAUGAUAAUAAUCCUGUAUUUGUUCCGAGUAACCUUUAUGAAUUUAAUAUUAAGUCAAAUUCUAAAAUUGGUACGUUUAUCGGAAAAAUUAAGGCUGUUGAUCCAGACUUAGGCAGAAAUGGAAUGGUUUAUUACGACUUACAAAGAACUAGUAAUUUAACUAUUACAUCACCAUUUCUGAUUGAUGCCAAGACUGGUGCCAUUAGUGUAGCUGAAACUCCGAUCAUAGAAGGAAGGCAUGCUCUUUUUAUUGAAGCUUCAGAUCAACCUGCUAAUCCUAGCGAGAGAAGAUAUUCUUUAGCUGUAGUUACCAUUGACGUUACUAGACCUGGUAAAGGUAAUAAAUCAGAAAGACCGGACUUUCUUGGAUCUCCGUACGAAUUUUGGGUAGGAUCUAAUGUUGGCAUUGGAACAAGCGUUGGACAGAUUCGAAUCAAUGAUGCGAUGGAAAAAAGUGAAGUCUCUUAUGAUUUGCUACAUAGUUAUGAAGAAGGAGUACCAUUUGCUGUCGAAGAAAAAUCUGGGGUUAUAACAGUUAUAGAAGAACUAACAAAAUUUAAUCGUCCAAUUUAUGAUUUUGAGGCGGUAGCAAUGCAGGACAAUUCUAAUAUAACAAUAUCGACGAAUACUACAAUUCAUGUCGUUGAUGUUAAUGACGAGAGAGGUGUUUUAUUGAAGGGUUCUAAAACUCCGCUCGUGUUUCAUGUUAAGGAAAACGUAGCAGGAGCAAUGAUUGGCCAAAUUUUUCCAGUCAAUAUAAGUACAUUAUCUACGAAUAAUACAGGAAAUAUUCGGUUCAUAAUUGCCAAUCAGCAAGAUGUUUCAGAGGACAUAGCUAUUGGAGAAGACGGAUCAAUUUAUGCCCAAAAGCCCUUAGAUCGAGAGAAGCGAGAUAUAUACAGUUUGACCAUUAUUGCAGAAUUUAAUAAAGGAAUGAUUUCUGGUGCAGGAAUAUAUCAAGUAACCAUUCACGUUGAUGAUGAAAACGAUAACCCACCAAUAUUUGAAAUACAGGCAUAUGAAGGAUAUAUUCCUGAAAAUUCGAAGAAAGGCACAGAAGUUAAAAUUACUAAUAGAAUACUAGCUACGGAUUCUGAUAUCGAAGAAAAUGCUAUGUUUAUGUACACACUUUUUGGUGAUGGACAUGAAAUGUUUAAUAUCGAUCAAGACACUGGUAUCGUUACAUUUGUUGGUGACAAAAUAGACCGCGAAGAAAAAAGUAAUUAUUUGCUAAAAAUAGUAGCAAGAGAUAGAGGGGGUUUAAGUUCAGAUGCAACAUUAACAAUUACAGUCGUAGAUGAAAAUGAUAAUGUACCCAUAUAUAAACAAUUAACAAUACCAUUCGGAGAGAAUAUUGAUUUGUUGGAAGCCGAUGACAAUGUUCAAGUAAAAAUAUACAAAGAAAAAAAGAAUGAAGCAUCAGGGAGUCUUGUAAAUGUAGAAGUGAAACCAAGGAACAAAUUUCCUCUAAAAAUUGGAGACCUAGGUCCGUUAUUUUUAGUACCAGAAAAUGUAGCUAUAGGUUCAACAAUAUUAAAAUUAGGUGCCAUUGACAUGGAUAGUGGAAUUAAUGGUCAAGUCAGAUACGAAUUUAUUUCAGAAGUAUUUAUACCUCCGCAUGAAGUAUCCUCUGAUUCUUUACAAAUUAAACGAUAUUUUGUAAUAAACGAAAGACAUGGACAUAUUAUUGUUGCAAGAACAUUACCUCCUGAAUCAGAAUUUAGAUUAAAUAUAUCAGCAUUAGAUGGCGGAGAGUUGAGUGACCAUAUCUCUGUCCGAUUUUUUAUAAAAGACAUCAACGAUCAUUAUCCUAUGUUCAAAAAAUCAUGGUAUAUGUUUAAUGUUGAGGAGGCUCAGUAUACAAGAAAAGUUCUAGGCAAGGUAGAUGCCACUGAUGCUGAUUAUGGACAAAACGCCAAUAUUUCUUACUUUAUCCAACCAUCCAGCCAAGAACUGCCAUUUGAAAUAUCACCUUUGACUGGAGUGUUCAGUGUUAAUGGUGAACUUGACAGAGAAAAAGAAGACAAAUAUGUACUGACCGUUGUAGCAAGAGAUAACGGAGCAGAUAAUAAACUAUCUUCUUCAGUAAGUGUAGAAGUACAAGUAUUAGAUGUAAACGACAACGCGCCAAAGUUCUAUGGUUACAAUGAAUUAUUGAAGUGGCAACAUCCAGAAGCAGAUGAAAUUUCAAACCAUAACUUCGAAUCAGUUAUGAUGUUACCUAUUUAUAAAGCUACUUUAGAAGAAAAUUCACCUAUAGGAACUACUGUUACUAAGGUAUAUGCGAAUGAUUCUGACUUUAUUGGAAAUGGAAACGGCUUGAUUCUCUAUAGCUUACCACAAAAAAAGAAUCAAUUAAAUCUAUUUGCCAUUGAUUCUAAGGAAGGAAUAAUCACUACAAUGGGCAGAUUAGAUUAUGAAACGCAAUCGGUACAUAAUGUAACGGUAGUAGCUUCAGAUUUAGGAUCGCCUAGUCUAAGUUCAACUGCCAUAUUGAUGCUGACUGUCACUGAUGUUCCUGAUGAAGUUGAAAUGUCAGAUAAACCUGUAUUCAUAUCAAGAUACUAUGAAUUAGAAGUAGAAGAAAACAUUGAAACACCAAUUGAACUAGUCACUUUAAAUUUAACUGAGCAUUAUGAAAAUACGAAGAUGAAAUACUUUAUUCUAAAUGAAGACGUACCUGGUAUUAAGAAAAUGUUUGUGAUUGAUCCUCGUAAUGGUACUCUGUAUUUGGUAAGAAGUCCAGAUCGUGAAGUUAAGGAUAUUUAUGAAGUAAUAGUAAGGGCUGAAAGACAGAAAGUGAGCAGAGAUAUGCCUCACAUGAUUUAUCCAGUAGCCGACGAUGUUCUAGAAGGAAUGAGUAAAUAUGACGUAAAAGUGUUGGUACGAAUAAAGGACGUGAACGACAAUGCUCCCAAAUUUAUAAACGGUGGCAGACCAUUAGUGACUGCUAUACCUACAACUGCAGCAUUUGGUUAUCAAGUUAUACAGUUACAGGCUACUGACGCUGAUACAGGAAUUAACGCUGACAUUCGUUAUCAAAUAAUCAACGAGCAAGCUCCCAGAUUUGCCAUCGACGCAGUUUCUGGAACUGUACGUGUUGUGUCAUCUCUAACUCGAGAUGCUGGACGAGUGUUUGGAUUCGACGUAAAAGCGACUGACAAACGAGGGGCUGAUGAUGGAAAAUCGGCGAUUGCUAACGUAUUUGUGUAUGUGCUAGAUGAAAAUAAACAACUAGUGCUGGUUGUCGGUGCAAAGCCAAUGGAAGUUGAAAAGGGAAUCAUUAAUAUUACUCGGACCCUUACUGGGAUAACAGGGUAUGAUAUUAGAGUGAGACGGCUAGAAUCAAACGCAAAGGCAUCCAUGGACGGAGUCGCGACUGACGUGUAUAUUUACGCUGUGGAUCCCAUGUCCAACGCGAUCAUCGACAUGGAAGUGCUACAGAAGUCUCUAUUAAAAAGAGAGGCAGAUCUCCGCCAUGAGCUGGGUGGAUUCAAAGUUUUAGAAGUUGGUGGAACAGCUAUGGUUCAAGCAAGAAGUGGAAAGUUACUCAGCACUAUGGAGAUAAGCAUCGUAGCACUUGCUUGUAUUGUGUUUGUUGGUGCCUGUACAGCUGCUAUUUGCAUAUUGUGCGUCAGGAGGAGCAGGAGACAACGUCAGAAACCAUAUUCCCAACGUCUUAAUGCUUUUUCUACUGAACACCUAACUAAAUACGGAGGCCUAUUCCCAUCCGGGGCCAACCAGUGUCAAGAAUUGAACCAGUCGUACAGUGAAGCCGAUUCUUAUAUAGAUGUGGUCAAUCACAAUGUAGCAAAGAAGAUAUGUCCACACGGGAACACGGUGGAAGACUUCGGUAAAGCGCAUCAGAAAUGCGUUAAUAAUGAGUUCAAUCCGAAACACGAAAGGAUGUGCAUCAAAUUCAAUCAACGACCAAUGCAGAAAAGGAAGGGGCAAGACACAUCGAUAACGUCAGUGAAUUCCAGUGGCCAAGAUUCCGGGAUCGCUGAAGGUGUUCGAUGUCCGUGCGGACAGUCCAGCCUGCACACUUCAGAAGAGAGCAGCGGUUGCAGUUACGAAGAUUCUUUAAAGUCAAACCACAAUCAGGAAGGUCGAAAGAUCUUCCAUCGAUCCGAGCAGGACCACAGAUUCCUUCGACGAGCUUCUUUCGCUCAUCACCCGACCAUCGAUCCUCGACCUAUCCACUAUAGAAGACAGUCAUUCUCCGAAAACAUGCAGCGGCACUUCCCGCCUUUGGAGAGAAUUGGAUCUGAAGCCAGAUUAACUAGGCAGAUAUCAUCUCCAAACGUUUCCAAUAUAACUCAAUCGUACUUCAUGAACACUAACAAGCAGAAUGUGAGAAGAAUGAAUGAGCCUAUGAUUGAUUACGAUCACAGUGAAGCAGAGGAUGUGUUCGAUACGAGGAUGAAGAGAAAGCCAAGUGCAAAGAACAAUAGAGGGAAGUUUAUGGAGCUGGGUGGGCAGGCUGCUGUGUUUGUGGCAACGCCUGCUGCAGCAGAAAUAAUGCGCAGACAAGGCAGCGAGAGGCUUAUGUUUGCUAGGCCAUUAUAGCAUAUUUAGUUCAAAUCUGUGAUUGUUGGAAUACUCUACGAACUUCUAUUGUGAUAGACAAUUGAGUUUAUGAUUUGUGCAAUUUAGUUGUAUUUAUAGUGUUUUAUGUGUAUACAUAAUGUAAAUAAGACUUAAUGCCUGUACAUGUUAGUGUAAGAUAUUGUUCUUCUUGCCUACCGUAGCUUUACCUUCAUAAUCUUGGUACUUAUGUCCAAAGAGAGUGGUUGCAGUUAAUAGUGCCAUUUUGGGGAUGUCUUCAGAAAGUAAAAGGAAGACUUUAUAGUGUUACGAUAGUUAAUAUAAUAACCACCUUAUGCAUAUUUAUGUUAAAUGACGUUUUUGUAAUUUUGUAAAU